AUGAAACGCUUAGUGAUCUGUUUGCUGCUGUUGGGUGUAAGCCAAGUCACGCCCACUUUGCAUACACUAAAGGCAUUUAAGAAGCAUUUGCUGUUUGGCGGAGGUGGCGGUGGUGGCUGCGGCGGCGGUUGUGGUGGCUAUGGAGGUUAUAGUGGUGGUGGUGGGUAUGGCGGUGGUGGUAAUGGCGGCUUCAGUCUUCCCAGUGUGCAAGUGGUCGCUGUAAAGCAGGUGCCCUCCUAUAGCAGCGGUGGUUAUGGUGGUUACGGCGGCGGUGGCUUUGGUGGCGGUGGCUUUGGUGGCGGUAGUGGUGGCUGUGGAGGUGGUGGUUGCGGCGGAGGCGGUGGCGGUUACAGGCCAAACUAUGGCGGUGGAGGCGGCGGCGGUUACAGGCCAAACUAUGGCGGUGGCGGCGGUAGUGGUGGCUUUGGCGGAAGUGGAGCAUUCUCUUCCAGCAGCGCGAACAGUUUCAGCUCCGCUGGAAGCGGUGGUUUUGGUGGCAGUGGCGGCCAUGGUGGCUAUCCAGGCGCUGGUGGUGGUGGCAGUUGUAAUACAUGUGGUGGUGGCGGUGGCGGCGGCGGUUAUGGCGGUGGUGGCGCAUACGCCAGUGCGAAGUCAUCGGCCAGCGCUCACGCUGGAUCGUGGUGA